ACGAUGAAGAGAUCUCGAACUUUGUUACCCAUCGUCUUCGUUCUGUUCCAGGCAGCAGGAAAAAGUUCAGCUUGCCAGCAAACGCCCACGUCAGUCUCUGGUUUCAAAGCCCCUCGCGGUCGCAUUUGCUCCGGACAAUUGAUAUUCGAAGAUAACUUCAAUUGGUUGGACAGAUCCGUCUGGGAACAUGAAAACUCACUAGGUGGUGGAGGCAAUAACGAAUUCCAAUGGUACUCUGGUUCAGGUCGCAAUUCCUACAUAAAGGAUAAACAUCUGUACCUCCGUCCCACGUUGACGUCAAUUGAAUACGGAGAAGAGUUUUUGAAAAGUGGAGUUAUCAAUCUCAAUGAAGGACCCCGGGAUCAGAGAUGCACGGACGCUCCCGGCUGGGCAGAGGUAAUAAACGGUUGCUAUCGACGAGGCAGUCCAGAUCGCAUCCUGAACCCGGUUAAAAGUGCGCGUCUUCGGACGGUGAAUUCGUUCGCUUUCAAAUAUGGGAAGUUGGAGAUUAAUGCCAAGCUACCGCUGGGUGACUGGAUAUGGCCCGCCUUAUGGUUGCUUCCGAAAGGGGAUACCUACGGGUAUUGGCCUAAAUCGGGUGAAAUAGAUCUCAUGGAGUCACGAGGAAAUCGUAAUCUCAUGCAAAACAACGAGAACAUUGGCGUUAAGAAAGUGUCUUCGUGUCUACAUUUUGGAGACAGUCCAAAUCUCCGCAGUUCCCAGUGUGGAUCAACAAGCGGAGAUCGCUUCGGUACGACGUUCAACAGAUAUCAACUAACCUGGACGAAGAAUGUUAUUCAGUUCGGAAUCAACGAUAGGAUUUAUCGCACCAUCACUCCAUACGAGGGCUUCUGGAAGCUUGGUGGAUUCAAUUUCAACCCUUGGCCUCAGGGAAGCAAGAUGGCGCCAUUCGAUCGCGAGUUUUACGUAGUCAUGAACGUAGCAGUUGGUGGUGAUUACUUUCCUGAUAAUACAUGGAAUCCGCAAGCGAAGCCAUGGCGCCAAGGUGCUCCAAGUGCGAUGACCGACUUCUAUAAAUCAAGAUCCAAUUGGUACAGCACGUGGGGUGAAGAUGCUGCCUUACAAGUCGAUUAUGUAAGAGUUUGGGCCGCUUAG